AUGGUAGUGAAAUUGGAUUGCAGAAGCAGUCAUGCAAUGAGAGUGUUUCCACUUAAGAGGGUUCUUAAAUUGGGUUCAUCAAACCCCAUUAAAAGGAGGACAGACCAAGCAUUAAAAAAGCUUUGGUCACUUUCUCGACUGCAAUGUGAAAAAUUAGAAUUCCUGGAAAGGUUAAAAACUGGAAAGGUGAUCAUCCAUGAUGGUUCGGCGGGGGGUCGGUGUUGGCCCCAAAUGUUAAUGGCCUUGGCCAUUGUUGUUGUUGCAAGCAAUGUAGGUUCAGUGUCUGCAGAUGCUUAUCCAUACUCUUCACCUCCUCCACCUUAUGAGUACAAGUCACCUCCACCACCGUCUCCUUCUCCACCACCACCUUAUGAGUACAAGUCACCUCCACCACCCUCGCCUUCUCCACCACCACCUUAUGAGUACAAGUCCCCACCACCACCACCAAAACAAGAAGAGAGCCCUCCAUACUACUAUAAAUCUCCACCACCUCCAUCUCCAUCACCACCUCCUCCAUACUAUUACAAGUCUCCACCACCUCCUUCACCAUCACCCCCACCUCCAUACUACUACAAGUCUCCACCACCUCCAUCCCCAUCUCCACCUCCUCCGUAUUACUACAAGUCUCCACCACCUCCAUCUCCAUCCCCACCUCCUCCAUACUACUACAAGUCUCCUCCACCUCCAUCUCCAUCACCACCUCCUCCUUACUACUAUAAAUCCCCACCACCUCCUUCACCAUCGCCACCACAUCCAUACUACUACAAGUCCCCACCACCUCCAUCUCCAUCACCACCUCAUCCAUACUAUUACAAAUCUCCACCACCUCCAUCACCCUCACCACCUCCUCCUUACUACUAUAAAUCCCCACCACCUCCUUCACCAUCGCCACCACAUCCAUACUACUACAAGUCCCCACCACCUCCAUCUCCAUCACCACCUCAUCCAUACUAUUACAAAUCUCCACCACCUCCAUCACCCUCACCACCGCCACCUUAUUACUACAAAUCCCCACCACCUCCAGUAAAGUCUCCUCCACCACCAUAUUAUUAUAAGUCUCCCCCACCACCUUCACCAUCUCCUCCACGACCUUACUAUUACAAGUCUCCACCACCUCCUCCACAUCACAUUUCACCACCAUACUACUACAAAUCGCCACCACCACCAUCUAAAUCUCCUUACUACUACAAAUCUCCCCCACCACCAACUCCUUAUUACCCUGCCCCUCACCCCCACCACCAUCCACUCAUAGUCAAGGUAGUUGGUAGAGUUUACUGCUACAGAUGCUAUGACUGGAGUUAUCCAAAGAAGUCACACGACAGGAAACACCUCGAAGGUGCUGUUGUGGAAGUGACUUGCAAGGUUGGAGAAAAGGAGAUCAAUGCCUAUGGAAAAACGAAAAACAAUGGCAAAUUCAGCAUCAGAGUUGAAGGAUUUGACUAUGCUAAGUAUGGAGCCGAGGCAUGCAAGGCCAAGCUCUCCGCCCCACCCAAGGACUCACCAUGCAACAUUGCCACUAGUCUAAACUGGGGCGACAAGGGUGCUAAGCUCGAGGUGAAGUCAAAGGACGAGUAUGAGGUUGUGCUCAAGGCUGAGCCAUUUGCUUAUGCUCCAAAGACUCCUUACAAGGAGUGUGAAAAGCCAAAACCCAAGCCGCCAUCUCCUUACCACUAUAAUUCUCCACCACCACCCACACACCCUUACAUCUACAAAUCCCCACCUCCUCCAUCUCCUCCAUCACCUACAUAUGUAUACAAGUCACCACCACCUCCAUCUGAUCCAUACAAGCCACCACCAUACUACUACAAGUCCCCACCACCACCACCUCCGACUUACAUCUACAAAUCACCACCACCACCAACCCCCACCUAUAUUUACAAGUCACCACCGCCUCCACCAUACUACUAUAAAUCCCCACCACCACCAGUCCAUUCUCCACCACUACCAUACUAUUACAAAUCCCCACCACCACCAUACUACUACAAAUCGCCACCACCUCCUUCACCAUCUCCACCACCACCAUAUUACUACAAGUCCCCACCACCACCAGUCCACUCUCCACCCCCACCAUACUAUUACAAGUCUCCACCGCCACCAGUCUAUUCCCCUCCACCACCAUACUACUACAAAUCACCACCACCUCCUUCACCAUCUCCACCACCACCAUAUUAUUACAAGUCCCCACCACCACCAGUCCAUUCCCCUCCACCACCAUAUUAUUACAAAUCACCACCACCUCCAGUAGAAGCUCCAGCACCAACCUACCACUACAACUCUCCUCCACCACCAUCACCGUCCCCUCCUCCUCCCUACUACUACCAAUCUCCACCACCUCCAUCUCCAUCACCACCACCACCAUACUACUACAAAUCUCCCCCUCCCCCAUCACCUUCUCCCCCACCACCGUAUUACUACAAGUCCCCACCUCCUCCAUCCCCCUCACCCCCUCCCCCAUAUUACUACCAUUCACCUCCCCCACCAGUGAAGUCACCACCACCUCCACCUCCAGUCUACAUAUACGCUUCACCUCCACCACCAACUGUCUACUAGGUCCAAAAAAAUCAACCACAAAAUUACAGUGUUCAUGUUCUAGUUUUACCAAAAGAAUAAAGAAAGGCACCAAGGAGUGGAGAUUUGGACAUCAAACUUUUUCAAUUCCAUUGAAUAAAGGUCUGAAAAUUGCAUUUGAGAGCUACAAUUUUGGUAAUCCAAGCCAUAUAACUUCCACUUCUCUGGUGGCCAUAGUACACAUGCUCUUAAUUUGUUCUAGUGGCAUUGGAAGAAAGCGUUGUUCAAUACUUUUUUUAAUUAUAUUGGUUUCAGCUAAUUUAUUUGUCCAUAGAUAUGUGGCCUUUAUAUGAUUAAUCGUUUCUAUUUAUUGUGGGCAUGCAUUUGUAAUUUUGUGGAUCUUUGUUGUACUAUGUUUACUGAGAUUUAUAGCAAUAA